GAAUUCUGCCGUUGAUGAUGUCACUUCUUUGUUUACUUUUGCCAAUGAAUGUCAUAUUUGUUACAAGAUGAAACCAAAAUAUACCCAGGUCCAGCUAAAGGAGAAAAAAAGGUUCCAGGAGGAGGGAGGAGACAAUGUGAGGGAAAGUUCACAUUUAGCUGCAUUCCCAGCUCCCAGUCUUGCAGGAGAAGGGGCGAAUGCUCAGACCACUGCCCUCCCCCCACCAGGUCUCAGUAGAAAGUACCCCCUACCUCAACCCACUCUCUCAGCCAAGACCAAGAUUUGGAUGCCAGUGCAAGAGACCUGGAAAGGAGAACCUUAUGACAAGCCUUUGCUCAAAUACACAAUAGCCCUCCCUAUUGGCAGACGCCACUGUAGACCUCGUCCAAUAAAACGACCCGUCCCCAACCCUUCCCCCAACCUGACUGAUAAAAGAGUGAAGUUUAAACAUCCUGAGGCCACCCUCCGUUUUAUCCCAGUGAGGCCAGACUUAGAGCAGCUCACCAGGCAGAGAACCCUCCCUGGUGGUCAGUUGGUUAGACCUGUGACACCCAGACCACCAUCACGCAAGCAGCCCCCCUCUGCAGACCAUAGCCCCCUAGACGUUAUCCACUCACACAGAUCCCUUGCUAAGGUGCAGGCUGGAGGUGAGGACAGGGGAGGCGGAGGAGAUGGUGCCUCCCUAUCCCGCUCUGUCAGGGAUUUGCAGUUGCUUAGCUCCAGCUCCGACGACGAGGAUUCUGAGUCUCCUUCUGAGUCACUGUUCCGAUGCACCACUCCAGCCUACCUCACCCGUCGCUACCAGAACAGUUUGAAAUGGUACCAGGCGGUGCGCAGCGAGAAGAAGACCAAACAUCACAAGGAGAGGCUUGACCAGCUUUGCUAUAAGGAGGCAUCAGAUGAGUCUAAUGCUGAAAGAGGCCCCUCUGAUGUCCAGGCGAGACACACCGCCCCUCUGGGUGCUGGGGAGGGGAGGUCUGUCUGUAAACCCUACCAGGGAGGAAAGAGGAGAAGGAGCUCACCGUCAGAGAAAGGUUGCCUACCCCCCAGCCAGGUGAGGAGAUGGGACCGCCGGUCAUGGCGCCGACAGCUAGACAGCAGUGCCUCGGACUCCCCAGCAUCUGAUGGCAGUGUCAUGCUCAGCCCACUCUAUACCCACUCCCCCUUCCUCUCUCCCACAGCUACCAGCACUCCUCCCCACCCUGCUCCUCUUUCUAACACAUCUCCCAACAUCCCAAUAUUUUCCCCUUCCUUCUCUCUCAGUACGCCUUCCAGUUGUCCUAGCACGCCACUCUACCCCCACUCUUUCACCUCCAGUGCCCCUGGCACCCCAUUACGAAGUCAGGUGACAUCUUCCAGUGCCCCUGGCACCCCAGUACAAAGUCAGGUGACAUCUUCCAGUGCCCCUGGCACCCCAGUACAAAGUCAGGUGACAUCUUCCAGUGCCCCUGGCACCCCAGUACAAAGUCAGACCCAAUCCCCCAAGACCCCUUCAUCCAAGACCCAAUCCCCCAAGACCCCUUCAUCCAAGACCUCCUCCCCCAAGACUCAAUCCCCCAAGACCCCUUCAUCCAAGACCCCCUCUCCCAAGACCCGCUCCCCCAAGAAGCCUCAGACUAGUGUUCUUCACAGAUUCACCCAGGAUCCGAGGAUCCGAGAUCCGAUCCAGGAUCAGAGACCAUCUAUGCAGUCCACUUCCAACACCUCCAUCAACAACCCAGAAGGGAGACCUGCAGCCUCAACCUCAAUCCUGGGCAGGAGUUUAGAGCUAAAGAUUAGUCAAGGUUUCCAGAAACCAGACACACCCAGGCCAAAGAGCUACUCCCCCAUGAGCAAACCAACAGGGAUUUCACCGAACUAUAGGGGUGCUGGUACUCCUUUCCGGGGAAGUGAGGGGAAUCUAACAACUACCCCCACUUCUAGGGGCCUGAGUUGGCCAAAUGUACCCUCACCCUGCCAGAAUCCUCCACCUGUGAGAAAUGGCCCGCAGUCAUACUCCAAAAAUAUCAAAGGCACACACUCACCCUCAGCUCAGACUAAAUCUAAAGUACCAGGAGAGAAGACAGACUCUCAGCACAUCAGAUCCCCCCCUACAACACAGAAGGUCCCUCAGGAGUCAGUGUCCCCUCCCCUGUCCCCCCGCUCCAGACCUGGCCCCAGCAGUCCGGAGCUCAUCCAUGCCAUUGUGAGUGCCAUGGGCUAUCUGCUUGGUGUGCCACCCACCUCCAUCCCUGGCCUCUGCCCUUCACCUGAAGACCCUGGUACAUCCUCCACCACUGACCCAUCAGCUUUUAACUCAGACCCCAGCCAGCCGCCCUGGACUGAAGAACUACGACUCAUCCGGCAAAGACUCAGUGAGCCUGGCCUAGGGCUCAACCCCCCGCCUCCUGACCACACCCAACCAGCCCCCAGACCAAGGGACACACACACCGGACAGAGGGAAGAGAGGCCUGCACAAUCAAUGGCACCAUCACUGAGAAAGAAUACAAAGAUGUGAGAGGAGUUAGGAUGAAGAUGAGGAUACUGUAGCAUGCUACACUGCAGAGCUGCAAGGAGUCAGAGAGCAGCUGUUCAUACAGGACUUGACUGACUGACUGGUGGAAACAGAAGAUGUUCACGUUAACAGGCUGAACAUCUGCUCAUACAGCUGGGUUGUGUUCCUAACUCUUUCUCUGGAUAGAAUUAUAUAAUAAAUACAGAGUCAAAUACUUUAUGUACAUAUUCAUUUGCUGUAAGUACCGGCAGUUUAG